AUGGAGCCUGAUUUGGAACGAAUCAGCACACCAGAAGCUACCAAGAAAAGACGGCAGUACAAAAAGAACGAGGCGGAUGCCGCUCGUGCUCGGCGUGAGCCGCCUGUGUUCGUUCCGUUUUGUGCAAGUGACAUAGCUGAUGCAGAAGUGUCUGGUGAAACUGUGCAGUGUGUCGGGGUCCACUACUUGGUGGAGUUCGCAGAGUCGCUGCAAAGUGCUCCGGAUGCGUGUGCGGCCGGUGAGUUGGCUUCGCAUCAAGAUGCGUGGAUGUCUCGACCUUUGCGACGACGGGACCGGGAAGCCCAGGACUCGCAACUUGGGAAAGGUUCAGCGUCGCUCACCGGCCAAUUUUGUAAGCUGCACGUCGCCAAUGUGUUUCACUUCCCGGCCCGGCGGUGCAUUUUGCGAAAGCAAGAUGCAUUCCCCGGCAAGCAGAUCGUGCAACAGCACCCUGCAGGGGACACUGAAGAGGCUCCUGAUGGUGCCGGUGUAGGGGACGAUUUAGCGGAUUUUCUUUGGGAUGUGCAGGUCUCGACAAAAGGCAAGGCCAUCCGAAGGCGCCCCAUGACCGAGAUUCUGAUGGGAAAACUCUGCUAUUCCUUGAGCUCCACAGCGGCCGUGGCUGAGGUGGUGCAAACUGUGCUUCGAAUGAUGGAUGUGCUGGCUGAGAACACGAACCAAGAAGACGUGAAUCCCUCCAAGAGCCACGUGCGAACGAUUCUCGUGAAGCUGGAUUGUUUGCACAGCUUGAGCCGGAGGGUUUUCGCGAAGCCGAACCAGCCAGAUCGAAGAACGGUCAGGUUUUUGUCGGCAGACAGCAGUACGCAAGCAAACCGACUACUUCCUGGUCACAGAAGAACUGAUGCCUAG